GGGCUCCACCGCGCAGAUCAGCGGACAACAGUUGCAUUUUUUCAGCCGGCAGCGGCCAUGACGUCGCCUCCAAAAGAUGAGUCUCUUCCUCGCGCAGAUUCGGACGAUUCGGACGCGAGCACAUCGGCCUCCACACCAACCGGAACUGAAAACACGCAGAGGGCGCGUCCCAGUGCGAAGCUAGUGGCGUUGGCCGCAGCGGCUGUGUGCGUGUGCCGUACAUGCUGGCCAUGCAUUAUGACUUCUGGACUCCUGUACAUGGGGUGGAAGAAGUUGAAGUCGCUUCGAAACCCAUCCCCUUCCGUGCCUGCAACGAACCAGACAGUUGCACCAGGUGCUCCUCACCAGCCCCGCUCAGCUGCACCAGGUGCUCCUCACCAGCCCCGCUCGGAUGCGGAGGUUGAAAAAUGCGUUGAGAAGUGGAAGGAAUUGGUGCAUCCUCGUGCUCGUGAAUUUUUGGGUGAUGGGUUCGAUGAUGUCUUGACGGAUGUUGCGAAGUUCACAGACACGGGCAAAGAUCCGGUCCUUGGAGGCGGAUGCUGCCAGUGGCAUGGCCGUCGAACCAAGGGUGGGAAUGCAGCACUGGGCGUGUGCAAGCCUGGUGAUGCGCGUGAGAGCAUCACCUAUCUGAACCGGCUGUUGGCCUUUGGGUUCGCCACAGAUGAGUCCUUCGAAAAACUCAUGAAGCUGCCAAAAGAACCGUUCAAAAUGACCUGCAACGACCAGUUGUGUGUAUCUGUCUCUUGCAUUGGCGUCGCCGUGGUGGAGGACAGUUUAAAUUUGGAUGAUUCGGACACCUCUUCCGACAUCGACACUGACUCCGAAAAGGAAGCUGAGCAUAGUAAUGAUCAUGCAAAGUCCAGCCAAGCAACUUCCGUCACGCGUUAA